AUGCUGGCUAGAAUAAAAUCAUGGACCACUAGAUACUUAUCAUAUGCUGGAAGAAUCCAACUUGUGAAAUCCGUGUUGUACUCUAUUCAAGUAUACUGGUCACAAGUGUUUGUGCUGCCAAAAAAAGUUGUUCAGAUGAUAGAAGCCACUUGCAGAAGUUUUUUAUGGACUGGAGGUAGUGAUCUUAGCAAGAAAGCACUGAUUGCUUGGGAUAGAGUAUGCCUUCCUAAAGCAGCAGGGGGUCUAAAUAUUUUAGACAUCUAUACAUGGAACUGGGCUGCGAUUGGUAAACUACUAUGGAACAUAUGCAGGAAGAAAGAUUGCCUAUGGGUAAAGUGGAUCCACGCUUACUAUAUCAAGACAGGGGAAGUAUGGGAGACUAAGACUACCAAAGCCUCAUGGGUGGUACAGAAGAUUAUUAAAGCUAAAAGCAUGUUUGAAAAAAUAGGUCUCCACGAAACAGAUGUAGUUGCUAUGACCAAAUACUCAAUAAAGGAUAUGUAUAGAGCCUACCGUGGGGAAUUUCAGAAACAAGAAAAUGAAGAUAUUGAUCAUUUACUAUUUGAGUGCAUGUAUGCUAAACAUGUGUGGUCAAAGCUCCUAGCUUGGCAAAGCAUAAAAAGAGAAGUGUGGAACUGGAAGCAUGAAGUACAAUGGGCUAUAGAAAAUGCUACUGGGAAGACUGCUCAACAGGAGGUAUACAAAAUGUUAUUAGCUGGUGGAGUGUAUCACUUAUGGCAGGAAAGGAAUGCAAGAAUUUUCAAGGAAAGCAGCAGAUCUGCAGAUCAAGUAGUCAAGCAACUGAUAAGAGAGAUUCAUGUUAGAGCUCGCAGAGAUAGUAGAUUGGAUAGAUAUAUGAAAGAUUUGAAUUUUUAUCCUUAG